UUCCUUAGAAACCAGGCGGUGCGUUCCCGGUAGCUGCGCGCUAGACUCCGGGGCCGGCGAGUCUUUGCCAGCCUCCCUCCCGGGGAGCUGGUGUCGGCUGAGACCAUCCGGACCCAAGGUCUCCGGUGCGGAGCGGGACCGGCAAUGCCAGCGUGCCAGGAGCCAUGUUUGCCCAGGACUGUGAGAUGGUCGUAUUCAUGUUGGAGGCUCUUGUGAGGAGAUGAGUUGGUGAACGGAGAAUUCGGCAUGAAGAUGCUCCCAGGAGUGGGCGUGUUUGGGACUGGCAGCUCCGCCCGGGUUCUGGUCCCACUGCUGAGGGCAGAAGGGUUCACCGUGGAGGCACUGUGGGGGAAGACUGAGGAGGAGGCGAAACAGCUUGCAGAGGAGAUGAACAUCACCUUCUACACCAGCCAGACGGACGAUGUCUUACUGCACCAAGACGUGGAUCUGGUGUGCAUCAAUAUCCCCCCUCCACUCACCCGGCAAAUAUCUGUGAAGGCUCUAGGUAUUGGGAAGAAUGUGGUUUGUGAGAAGGCAGCAACCUCGGUGGAUGCCUUCCGGAUGGUGACAGCGUCUCGCUACUACCCGCAGCUGAUGAGCCUGGUGGGGAACGUGCUGCGCUUCCUGCCUGCCUUUGUGCGCAUGAAGCAGCUGAUUGCCGAGCACUAUGUGGGUGCAGUGAUGAUCUGCGAUGCCCGCGUCUACUCAGGCAGCCUGCUCAGCCCCAACUACGGCUGGAUCUGCGACGAGCUCAUGGGCGGUGGAGGCCUGCACACCAUGGGCACCUACAUUGUGGACCUGCUGACCCACCUGACUGGCCAAAGAGCUGAGAAGGUCCACGGGCUCCUCAAGACCUUUGUGAGGCAGAAUGCGGCCAUUCGUGGCAUCCGGCAUGUCACCAGCGAUGACUUCUGUUUCUUCCAGAUGCUCAUGGGCGGGGGGGUGUGCAGCACAGUAACACUCAACUUCAACAUGCCAGGUGCCUUUGUGCAUGAGGUCAUGGUGGUGGGCUCUGCAGGACGCCUUGUUGCCCGGGGAGCUGACCUCUAUGGGCAGAAGAACUCUGCCACACAGGAGGAGCUGCUGCUGAGGGACUCAUUGGCUGUGGGCGCAGGGCUGCCUGAGCAGGGGCCCCAGGAUGUCCCGCUGCUCUACCUGAAGGGCAUGGUCUACAUGGUGCAGGCCCUGCGGGAGUCCUUCCAGGGGCAGGGGGACCGCCGCACAUGGGACCACACCCCCGUCUCCAUGGCCGCCUCAUUUGAGGAUGGGUUGUACAUGCAGAGUGUGGUGGACGCCAUCAAAAGGUCCAGCCGAUCUGGGGAAUGGGAGGCUGUGGAGGUGCUGACGGAGGAACCCGAUGCCAACCAGAACCUGUGUGAGGCGCUCCAGCGGAAUAACCUGUGAGCCUGUACAUGGGCUCCCUGCCAUGGGGCAAAGGGGCCAAGGAGGGACCAGGAGCAAGAUGGAAGGGCUUGGCUAUAGCAUAGACAGUGUCAUUCAUUAACAAGUCAACACGGGUAGCGUCCAGGUGAAGCCCAAGGUGGCCCCAGUAAAACGCCCCUCCAGCACUUCCUCACUCCCCAGAGCUGCAGGGCGGUGAUGUUCCUGUUGCCAUGGCCUGUGGGCUAACCGUGUGCAAGAGGCAGAGCUGCUGCCAGGUCUCUGUGUAGUUAGUGCUGGUGAGCAAGGUGAGCAAAGGCUUGACUUGGGGGCUUUAGCAUGUCUGUGGUCCCAGUUUGGCUGAUUCCUCAGUCCCGAGGAAAAUGACAAAAAGCCUGUUUCCAUGCCCUUCGUGGGCUUGGGGCAUCUCAGGAGCGAGGACAGCAAGGCUCCCUCAGGGAUCCGCACCUCCCUUUCUCCCACAUGACUAGGUCCUUCCAGAUUUCAGGCCGCCCCUUCCCUCGUGGAUAGGAGGGGAUGUUCAUUAGGAGAGCUCUCAGGGGCUGUUGACUAGAGCAGAGGGCCCUUGAUUUGGCAGAGAGAAGACAAGGGAGAACCCUGGAACAUCUGAUAAAUGUUAAUAAAUCAAACUCUGACACGAUG